GCAAUUGUUUAUAUCACAUUAUAUCUUGCUAUGACAUUUGGUGUUUUAAAAUUUUUGCUCAUUGCAAAUAUUAUUUGCAGGAGAUUUCAAGAUCUUAAUUCCCAUUUAACAGAUGAAUUAACUGUUAGUAAAAGACUGGAUGUUAUCAAUAUAAACGAAGCCUGUAAUUUACUUGACUUAUGGUCCCUCCAUGAACAAUUAUCCCUAGCAAUAAAGGAUUUAAAUUCUCUCUAUUCACUACAAUUGUUCCUGUGGAUUUCAACAAUUGGAUUUAAUAUAAUUUCAAGAAUUUAUGUCUUCUGUACGACUAUACUUAAUAAAAAUUUCUUUUGGGAUUUGCGAGAAACAUUAUUGUUAAUAUAUUUCAUCACGUUAUUGGCAUUUUUGACAAUCACUUGUCAUAUAACUGCUAAACAAGCAAAUAAGAUGUCAUCAAUUAUCUUUUCUCCCAAAUAUUUUCAACGAAGUCAACAAAGCUCUAAGGUGAAAUUGUUCAUGGGGCACUAUUUACUCAAAUACUGCUUUAAUUUUACAGCAGCUUUUGGAUUUUUCAUUGUUGAUAUUCAACUACUUCUUUCUAUUGCUGGAUCAAUAACAACGUAUCUUGUGAUAAUAAUUGGACCUAAUAGUUUGUAAAAUUAACUUGACUUGGCAU